UCGUUGGUGUGAUCUGGCGCGGGGGGGCCGGGAAGUUUGCAGUUUGUGCGCCAAUUUCGGAGAAAGAGACAGACAGUGCAGGGACUAGAGGGAAGAUCUUCAUCAGCAGCAGUGGCGAUGCCUCCCAAACGUGUUGCAGCUGUCAGAACAAGGGCUCCACCCAAGAGAAAGAUGGCAGAGGAACUUAAACCAGGGGAAGUGCUGACUGAUACUGCCAAGAAGCAAUGGAAAAUUGGGAAGCCAAUCGGCAAGGGUGGAUUUGGCCUCCUGUACCUGGCUGAUGAAAAUUCUGACAAAGCAGUUGGAAAUUGUGCCUCAUAUGUCAUUAAAGUGGAACCCAGCACCAAUGGACCACUUUUUUCAGAACUCAAGUUUUAUAUGAGAGCAGCAAAACCAGAGCUAAUUCAUAGCUGGAUAGCAUCCCGCAAAUUAAGUUAUCUUGGUGUACCCAAGUAUUGGGGCUCAGGACUAUAUGAUAAAGGAGGCAACAGUUAUAGAUUUAUGGUGAUGGAUCGGUUUGGAUCUGAUCUUCAGAAAAUAUUUGAGCAAAAUCAUAGGAUUUUCCCAAAGAAAUUUGUGCUGCAAUUGGGUCUUCGCUUGAUUGACAUUCUAGAAUACAUCCAUGACCAUGAGUACGUGCAUGGGGACAUCAAAGCUUCAAAUCUUCUCCUCAGUUACAAGAAUCCCAAUGAGGUAUAUUUAGUUGAUUAUGGCCUUGCAUAUAGAUACUGUCCAGAAGGAGUACACAAAGAAUACAAAGAAGAUCCAAAGCGUUGCCAUGAUGGUACUCUUGAGUUUACAAGUAUUGAUGCACAUAAAGGAGCAGCUGCUUCCAGACGUGGUGACCUUGAAAUCUUGGGAUAUUGCAUGUUGCAGUGGCUCAGUGGGAGACUUCCAUGGGAGGAUAAUCUUAAGGAUGCCAACUAUGUCAGAGAUGAAAAAAUCAAAUACAAAGGAGACAUUCCAGGUUUAAUAGAGAAAUGCUUUCCUUGCAAAAGUAAGCCAGCUGAGAUGACAAAGUAUUUUGAAGAUGUACUAUCUCUGGGGUACAAAGAUAGACCCCAGUACCAGAGGCUGAGAGACAUCCUCAAGCAAGGAUUUAAAUCUAUCGGCUGCAUAGAUGAUGGUGUUUUGGUUUCAGGAGCAUCUUCCAAUGGUGAUGCACCAACAACAUCCAAACAACAGAAACGAUGUGCUUCAAAGACUGUUGAUCAUGAAGGCAAUGCCUCUGAUUCUGAGUUAAAGGGUGGAAAAAGAAUGCGAAAAUCCCCAAGAGCCAAGAAGUCGGAAGCAAGAAGGAAUUUGAAGAAAGUAGAGAUGGUUGAAAUGGGCACUCAAACUUCUCCCUCAGUUUUGACCGGCCAUGGGAAAAGAAAACACCUAAGUAAAUGUUAAAAAAAAAGCAAUCUUAUUAUGAUUGUCCUCUGCUUUACUUUUUAUUAAAGUCUGAUUCUUUACAAUGAA